CUAUGACUCUAUAUAUUUGGAUAUAAUUCUUAGUACUUGGUUGUGACCAACGACGAUAGUGAUGUCGAAACGUCUUGUAUUACAUUUUGCGUUAUAUCUCUCCUUGACAUAUCUUGCACAAGCAGAUACAACGGUUGAAGGAAGAAUAUACAAGAACGAAUUUAUUAAAAUCAGUGCCGCUGUAAUUGAUGCAGCGAAUAUGCUCGAGAUAUCUAACGGUUCUGUUGAAGAAUGCGCAGAGAAAUGUUACAAAUCAGAUACGUGUGCAACUUUUCAAUUCUACAACACAAAAUCUGAAUGUGACUUUUACGGAAUCAGCAAACAUCAACAAAGUAACGCGACUGAAUCAAACAUUGAUUUAUAUCACCUGAGAGAACAUACAAACCAGUGUUGUCCAAUAAGUUUGAUGAAUGGCGCAGGUCUUUCAAAAGAUAAGAGAUUUUCUGAACGAUUUUUAUCGUUCGAAACUUGUGUGUCUACUUGUUAUCAGGAUUCCUGGUGCAAAACUGUCAGCUUCAACAGAUCGAAUAACACAUGCGCAAUGAGUAAUUAUACCAGUUAUAAUGCCUCAGUUAGACUUACCGAUGAUAAUUGGCAAUACAUGGAAUUCACUAAGCAUCUUCCGCUCGUUAUACAUCAAGACAGUGGUGGCCUUCCAAAUAUUAUUAACUGUCAUUCUGAUUAUUUCGCUAUGUACAACCUGCGCGACACAAUGAAUAACAGAAGUUUCCGCCAUGAAUUUAUGGUAGUCCAUAACGCUUACAUGUCCGAACGGAGUAUGAGAGACAUGCUCUGCGAUUCCGUUGAACAAUGUGCAGAGAUGUGUUAUAAAUCAAAGAAGUGUAGAUCCUUUGUACACAACACAGUGAAAUCUAAGUGUAAGCUUUACGAAUUCAACACACGUCAAAACCAAUUGCGCAGUCACUCAAACUUUGUCUUCUAUCAACGGAGAGUACAACCAAAGAACAAGUGUUGUCCAGUGAGUGUCAUCCGUGGCGUGGUUCUUCCAAGACAUAAGAUGUUCUCUGAACGAGUUUUGUCGUUCAUAAAUUGUCUGUCCAUUUGUUAUAAUGAUUCCUGGUGCAACACUGUCAACUACAACAUAAAAUCACAGACAUGCCUCACGACUAAUUAUACAAGUUUUAAUGCCAGUACUGUCUUUAGCGUAAAUGAUUGGCAAUACGUUGAAUUCGUAAAGUGUAAGUGGAUGUUUAUUUUUGCUGUUCCACUGCGGGUGCUAUUUCGGCUUCUACAAAUAUGGCUGGGUGAUCUUCCGUUCAAAAUAUACGAAAUCAGUGAUGGCCUCGAGGGAGUUGUAAACUGUCAUCCUGAUCAUUUCCCUUUGUACAGCAACGGUAAGUAUUGUUUCUUCGUCCACAUACAUCUGCAUUCUAUUCUUUAUUUAAAUAUAUAUUUCUUAUAGAUUCAUAGUUGUUUAUUUAUUUAUUCAUUUAUUUUACAUUGCAAUCGGUGCAAUGUCGGACACGUGUUUACAGGUAUCCAACAGGUGGUUCUGUUGAAACCGAAGCACGA